AUGCCGGCUGGGAUUUCAGCGUUGGCGCCAACCGCCAACGGAGAUCCGUUCGCCCUCGAGGGAAAGAGUUCUUUCGCGAUUCUUCGAAAGGAUGGGUUGGAGCCGGUGGCUACGAGCCCGCCUCUUCUUCGCGUGGACGACGAGACGACGACGAGGAGAUCGGCGGCCGAUCGUCUGGAGGAAAGCAAUCCGUCGUUGGAGCAUCGAAGGCGGAUCAGCAGAUCGAACGAUCAUUUGGCCCAGUCGAGGCUGCAGUCGAAUCAAGCGAAUCCGUUGAGAAGGGAGUCGCGAAGCAGGAGCGAAGACGGUUGCCGAUCAUCAUCGGCCGUGGACCAGAAGAUACCUGCCAUCAAGCCGAGCAUGACGCUGUCCACGGAGGAUUUCAACGAGGUCCUGAACGCGAAAUUGAGGAAGCUUCAGGAGCAGGAGAGGGAGAAAGAGGAGGAGCGCAAGGGGGCGAGAAAAGGUCAGGGGCUUCGGAAAAAGCCGUUCAUCACGACCGUGAAGACAGGCGAGUUUCUAAUGCCGCCGCCGGAAGUGGCUGCCCUUCUCGGCAUCGCGUCGAACGGGAACGACACCGAGGAAACCGACAAUUGCCCCUUGCGCUCCAAAUUCAAAUCGCUCGCGUCGUUGGCGAGGAAACCGGAAGUUCGUCACAGCAGCCACAUAGCCAGGUGCCCGACUGCCCUCAAGGCCACUGUCGACUUCACCCUCGGAAUGAUGAACGCCACGACCAUGGCCGCCUCCACGACCUUGGACGAUCGAACCAAGAUCGCGAGGAGGAACGACGCGACCGAUCAACGAAUUCCUUUUGGGAAUAUUAUGUUCGAUCGUCGCGUUGUUCGUGGAAGUACUUUCGCCGCCGCUCCCGUUCUUAUCGAUGGUGAACGAUCGAUAGCUGCCAGGCAAGCGGAGGCCAGAAGGAGAAAUUUGGCUAGGAAACGGGCUCAGGCACUGGCUACGAAAAGUUUGGUGGCUAGGACUGGUUCGCCACCCCCUGUUCCUGGCCGAAAACACGAGCCCGUGCAAACGGAAAUAUACCUCGAGGAGCUGUUCGAGAAACCGGACGAGGUCGAAGUUGCUACGCAAACCGAUUAUUUCUUGGACAGACCGUUGACGCCGAAAUAUUGCCCGGAAAAACUUGGAGAAGAUGUCUCUACCCAAAUAGAGCCCGGUGACCUAUUCGACUUCGACUUCGAGGUGCAACCAAUACUGGAGGUACUGGUUGGUAAAACGAUAGAGCAGGCGUUGAUGGAGGUUCUCGAGGAGGAAGAAAUCGCCGCUUUGAAGGAGCAACAGAGAAAGUUCUUGGAAUUGAGGGCCAUGGAAAAGGCAGAGACGCGAAGAUUGGAGGAGCAGGAGAGAAGGCUGAGGGAAGAGAAGGAUCAACGAUUGAAACAAUACGAAGACUCGAUGAUCGCUCAAAGGGAAACGGAAGAACGAAUUGCAGCAGCUACCCUGUUAACAGGAUAUAUAGCCGAACUUCUUCCAGCUGUUCUAGAAGGAUUGAAAUUGUCCGGUUUCCUAUUGGACGAGAUCAAGGCUGAUGUCGAGGAUGGUUUCAUGCCCUGGUUGAUGAGGGAGGUUAAGAAAGAGAUAGGGCACAUGGUUGAGAGCAGAGAGGUUCUUAUGGAGAUCAUCAGGGAAAUUUUGGAGAAUCGCGCGGAAACGUACAAAAAGCUUGGCGAGGAAUACGACGCCUCUAGGAAAAAACCGAUGAUUGAUACUCUGGAAGACGGAGGGAUCGAUCCAAAUUUCAUUAAUUACGAGCCGCUUAUCAUCGACGGCCAGGACGUUUAAACGCCAUCCAAAAUAA